UGAGAACCACUCAAGAGGAAGGAAGGGUAGCGGCGUUGAGGGCGGAGACUGUCAGGGUUGACAAAAGACACUUGUGAAACCAUGACAAUCGUCUGAGCGGAGAGUCAAAUUUGGCAGCGAGCGAGUCCAGUGAACUGAGGAAAAACUCGCAUAAAGAGCGGAGCUGACGGAGAGGAAAGAGAUGGAGAAAUGGUCGAGAAAAUCUGGGAAGAAAUAGAGUGGAAAUGAACUAAAAGAUAAAAACUGGGAGAUUUUUUUUAAAGCGGGCAACAGAAGGGACUGCAUACAUGAAGGAGAAAAUAGAAUAAAUUUACAAGGUGGAACGCUGUCCCUAGUAGAUACGGUCACAGCGGAAACUACUGUAUCAGAAGAGUGAGCUGAGAGGAGGAAGGCAAAAGGAGAGCUAUUGGAGAGAGUGAAACAGACAGUGCUCACCUGGAUUAAUACCGCAGAGCCUGCCCCCGUCCCUCAGACCAGACGAUAAUCAGCACCAGCAGAUACCUGCCCGCUUUGUAUGUUUCUGACAUGAAAUGAGGCUCAGGAAUGGAAGUGUUUUAACAGUGCUCAUCCUGGGUGCAUUUCUAUCAAUGUCCUGGUUCGCUUCCCGGCUGAAUAUGAAAGGAGUUAAAGAUGAAGUGUCCACGUACCAACAAGAACUUUUAGAACUCAGUAACAGAAUGCACAAGACUGAGAAAGAAAAUUUAAAACAUUCGGAGGAACUGAAACUUGUCUUAGAAGAGAUUAAGCAUGUGAUAGCUGUGCAGAAAAAGGCAAUGAAUAACACAUCUAAGAAUUUGUCCAAAUUUUCAGGUAAAAGUCAUGAUGCAAUGAAGAUGAAAGCAUUGAACCUUACCAGAAAGCAUAACAUUCAGCAGCCAAAUAUCUUCUAUUACCUUCCUCAUCUGAUGUAUAAUGAAGACAGCCUUCAACCAAAAGUAAUGAUAGGACAGCUGAAGACUGAAGUUUUGAUGGUGAUGGGUGUACCCACAGUAAAGAGAGAAUCGCAAACUUACCUGUAUGACACACUGAACUCCCUUAUUUAUGAGCUCUCUCCGGAGGAAAGGAAAAAAUGCGUAAUAGUUGUAUUCAUUGCAGAGGUAGAAGAAAGUUAUGUAAAUAAUCUGGUGGAGAAUUUACAAAAUACGUACUCCUAUGAAAUACAAUCAGGACUUCUUGAGAUCAUCUCCCCUUCUGCUAAUUUUUAUCCUGACCUCUCAAAUCUGAGGGAAACCUUUGGAGAUUCCCAACAGAGAGUAAAGUGGAGAACAAAGCAGAAUUUGGACUACAGCUUUUUAAUGAUGUAUGCUCAAGCUAAAGGAGCUUUCUAUUUACAGUUGGAGGAUGAUAUUAUAGCAACACCUAACUACUUGCAAACUAUGAUAAAUUUUGCACAACAGCAGCCUUCUGAUGACUGGAUGACCUUGGAGUUUUCACAACUUGGAUUUAUUGGAAAAUUGUUCAAGUCUCCUGAUCUGACACUCGUCGUAGAAUUUAUUAUCAUGUUCUACAAGGACAAGCCAAUAGACUGGUUACUGGACCACAUAUUGUGGGUGAAAGUAUGCAAUCCUGAGAAAGAUGCUAAACACUGUGACAGACAGAAAGCUAAUUUGCGAAUUCGUUACAAACCUUCGCUUUUUCAGCAUGUAGGAACUCACUCUUCAUUGGCUGGGAAACUUCAGCCACUAAAGGAUAAAGAUUUUAAGAAAAAGCUAUUACACAAAGACCAUUCAAAUCCGACUGCUGAAUUGACAAGUAGCUUGAAAGUCUAUCAACAUCAUAGUCUGGACAAGGCCUACCAAGGGGAUGAUUUCUUCUGGGCAUUUACUCCAGUGGCAGGGGACUUCAUCAAAUUCAGAUUCUUUCAGCCACUGAAAGUCGAAAGGUAUCUUUUUAGAAGUGGCAACGGGGAACAUCCAGGCGAUAAACUUAUUAAUACAACGGUGGAAGUUCUACCAGCUGAUAAAACUGAAUUUGAGAAGAAAUUUUUGCACAACAAUAUGACAAAAUAUCCAAAAUACAAAGAAACAGAAGAUGGCUACUAUAGAAUAGGUACAUUUAGGAAUGGAAUUGCAGAAGGUGAAGUUGAUGCAUCGAUUGGAAAAAUUGAGGCUAUUCGAUUGUCCGUUCUUUCCGAAUCUCCUGUUUGGGUUUUACUGAGUGAGAUAUUCAUUAAGACAGCUGCAUAAAUGCAAGAAAGAAACUGGGCUUCCCACUGUGCCUCUUCGAUAAAGGUUGCCUGAGACGGAUUCCUGCAACAACUGCACCACCUAGUGUGGUAAAAUUAAAAGAACAAUUGGGUAAAAAUCAACUAGCAAGACAGCUAACAUAAAAAGACCAUGGUGGUGGAACACUGCAGAAAUGAAAAUGUUUAAACGAUCUUUCACCAAAACAUUUGAACUGUUUAUUUAUAUAUAGUAACAUUGUUUUAUAAUUUAUGACUGUCACCAUGAAACUGAACAACACAAUACCAUUUUAAUGAAAACUACAGUGAAGUUGAGUUAUCAUUAUGUUAUUGUGUGCUGUUUAUAGAUGCAUAGUUUGUGCAGAAACAAAAUGUAUGCUUGGUAACUUUAUGUAAUUGGCCCUAAGAUAAAUGAUUUUAAAAUUAAUCUACAUGAAGUCUAGUGUGAUAAUGAUCUCUAUUAAUCACAAACUAUCUUUUUUUUGAGGGGAGGUUUUACAAGUUUGGUUUGUAACCUCACGCCAACAAGUAGCGCGAGAUGGUUUGGAUUGUAGCAUUGAGAAAUGACAUUCUGUGAGCUGACAGCAUGUUCUUCGCCUUGUUUGUAACCUUCAUAACACACUCCACUGUUGCAUCACCUUUUUUUUCAAGUCAAUCUGCCAAAGAAUUCACAGAAAUUGAGCUAAUGACGCUCAUUGUUUAAGUGCCAUUCAAGGCUAGGAUCCAAACUUUGAUUUGAAGUCAGAAGUUACACACCUUGCUGUUGGAGCAAAGAGGCUACUGAAGGUGUUGGCCCUAAUACUCUGUGAGGCUUCUAUCAAAAGAAUUUCAGGGCAUUUGCUUUAAUCUUCACUGUAACUCCUGCUGCUGCAAGGUUCUAUUGCGUAUGCUCACUCAGCAACCAUUCCGUCCACUGACGUCAUUGUUGUGCACCCAUUGUCCAUCUUGAUCACCGCCCCGCGCCCGACCCCUUGCUGCCCCUCUCACCAGCCCUCUCGACUCUUUGCCAUCAUGCGCAACAUCCUGCUCACCUCCCCUCUGCCAGACCCUGACCACCUCAUUCACCACCACUCUCCUGACCCCCUCACCACCCAGCUCGCCAUCACUCUCCUGACCCCUCGCUGUCUUGUUCGCCGCUGCUCUCCCAAGUCCUUGCUUGCCGUGAAGGGGACAGUAAGGGGUUGGGAGGGAGGCGGCAAGGGAGAAGCAGUAAGGGCUUGGGUAAGGGAGGGUUCCAAGGUUUCAAGAGGCAGCAAAGGUGGGGGCAAGCAAAGGUGGAGAAAAGGCAUACAACAAUGAUGUCACUGUUGGGAAAAACCGCAUCCACCAGCAAAUGGAGUGAGUGCUGAGUGGUUGCAACUGUUCCUGUGUGGUGGCAGGAGUUAGUGUUUAAUUUUUCAAAGCUGUGAGAGGUCUGCAGUUAGUUGCACUAAAGCAAUGAGUACAAAGCAAUGCUGUUCUUAGACACGCUUCUUGUUGCUACUACAACUGUAAUGGUUAAUCUUAGUCUAGAAAUUGUUUUAUUCUAAAAUUAUAAUUUGAUUUGGAUUUUAUUAAUAUAUUGGGUGUCAUAUUUCAGUGCCAUUCAUUUUUUUCCCUUACAAGGAACUCACAAUCAUAUUAUGUUAAAAGAGGAUGAAAGAGUACUUUGGCUGAAUUUUUGUCAAUACCACUUCAUAACUAAACUGCAGGAAUGUCCUUAAAGCGAUUUAAGACUUGCAAUGUAAAUUCCUUCUGCACGCCUUCUCUGAGAUGCACAUAUAACAUUCAACAGCCUGUCUAAGGACCAUCAAAACUUGUGCAGUUGAGGGUGCAGCCAUGUCAUCCACAAUUACAAUCUUUUUACAAGUUAAGUACUCAACCUCUUAAGAUACAAUGCUACCUCAACUUUUUUUUAAAAUAUACCUUUCACAAAUACCCACUAAUUUUGUACUGCAAUUGUUGGUCUUUAGUCUGUUUAUAAAAGGUUUGUAUCAAAAAAAUUAUUCAGGUGCUUCGAAGGCAGUGGUAACAUUAUUGGCACCAAAUAGUGCAUGAAGUCUUGUGGAUAUAUUUUGCUCUGUGGAUUAAGUUAAAGCAAAAUUGCUUUAUUAAACUUUAAUUGGAGCAUGUUGGUUUAUUAAAAGAAUGCUUUAGCUUUAAACACAGCAGAAAAUGUGUUCCUUAGUCUGGAAGACAUGUAAUAUUGAAGUCAAUGUGUUAUUGUCCAUUGCCAAAGUAUAGUAAAUCCUCCCACCCAAUAGUAGCAUUUUAUUAAAGCUUUAACUGAAAUAUUGGGCUGGAUUCUCCCCUGAUAUCCCACCUCAAGCCAAACAAGACAAUGAUGGAAAAUUACAGUGGUACAUCCUUCAGACACCUUACCUGACCAAUACGCCCCCCACUUCACACCUGCAUAUCCCUCCACCAGUCCGCACCAGGACCAUUGCUGGCCACUCCUUCCUCAUUCGCUGUAGGGAGGGGAGCUCAGCGACCUUAUGUAUUUCCUGGUAUCCACCUGUUACUUGCAAUAGGUGGGAAGUAAUGGUAGCAUUUACAUACUGAAGGCCUUGGUUUCAGCCAAGGCUUUCACUUGAACAUUCCCUUCCAAUCGUCAGAGCCCUUACAGGUUUUUAUUGCUGCUCCCUCCUCUUCUGAUGCUGCACUCACAAUCCUGCUGAAGCACCAACAGAAUUGCCUUCUCCUGUAGUGGCUGGAUCUGUUUUGGUAGCAACAAUCCCAUCAGGAAUCCAUCCUGCAUGUCAAAUGACCCCUCACCCAGGAGAAUGGGUGGGGGUUACAGCAGUCAUUGUGAUGGGCAGGAGACCCACCCAACUACAUCAGCACUGCCGGCAGGAGAAUACUGGCUGUAAUGUCAAAUUGGAUAUUUAUCUGUUUACAUUUUAAAGGACUUGUGCACAUUUUUAACCUUCAAAUUGGUGGAUUGUAUUUUAAGUUUUGUAAUUAGCAGAUUAUAAAAAUGUCAAAUUGAAUAUUUUUAAAAAUGGAAAAAUAAAAGCAACCUGAUGUGUCUGACACUAA